AUAGUGGCUUCGUUGACAUUGCAAGUUACAGAGUGUGUUGCUGCCGUGAGUGAGCGAGGUGCGGGCUGGCGAGGGUGUGUGACAGCGAAUCUUACCCCCCCGUCGCCAUGAGCGCCAACGAAGAAGAGAAAUACGAAGAGGGAGAGGAAGAAGGAAAAUGGAACUGGUUAAGACCCGCUAAUGUGUCAGAGACAUUCUUUGAGACAUGUCAGCGCCAUGGGUUGAUCAUGACCGCCUAUUGGAUCACCGUCAGGAGCGCCGCGCCCUUGGAGGAGGAGCACGUAAGGCUGGCCCUCUGCCACCUCUACAGAAAAGUCCCCACCCUUCGGCUGUGCCUUCGUCAGCGCUGCGAUGGAAUUCUGUGGGCGUGCGAGAGGAAAGGCGUGGAUAACAUCGACUUUGAGGUCCUCGACGGCUGUGACCCGCGCGACGUGAUGGAGGACCUGAUGAACCGGAGCUACGCCUCCCACGAGGGCCCCCUGUGGCGUGCCAGGCUGGUCCGAGGAGCCGCCGGCGAGGACUGUCCCCCGGAGGAGGUGCGGGCGUCCUUCCCUCACACGAGCCACCUCGUCCUCGGGAACCAUCACGGCAUCGCCGACGGAACCUCCAACGUCAGGACCUACAACCUCCUGCUCAGGAUCCUCAAUGACGUCAUCGCCGGUAGGCCUAUCGACGACCAGGAGCAGCUGGGCGACUUCGUGAACGAGGCGGAGCUCAUGAAAAUGGUCGAGGACAAGAAACGGGAACUGGAGAAGGACCCGGAGACCCUCCAUCGCCUCCUGAAGGAAAAGGCGGCGGAGAUGCAGAGGGUGCCGCUGUUUCUGCAGUGCUACCCUCCCGCAAGACGGGGCGCCGGCAGGAGGACGAGGGCCCUGCACGAGAUCCUAGACGAGGAGACGACCAGCCGGCUCCUCCAGAGGUGCAAGCAGGAGGGCGUGUCCGUCGAGAGCGCCUUCACGGCCCUCGUCAACGGGACGACGGUGGACGCGGCCGUCUUGGCGGGGCGCGGCGGGCGGGAGUUCCUCCUGCACGAGAGCCACGCAGUCAACUUGCGCCGCUACCUGAGCGAGGACGCCGCCGCCGCCCUCGGCGUCCUCAUCACCGUGUUCGACAACUCGACCUUAACGCCGGUCACGUGGCGCGAGGCCUUCUGGGAUUACGCCCGGGCGCUGCACGCCAGCCUGCACGCCCGCCUCAGCCAGAACGGCCCCGUGCACGACGAGUGCCUCCGCCAGAUGGCCAUGCCCAACGACGCCCUCGAGGCCGUGCUGGCGGACCUGCCCUCCCCGACCCACGACUGCACCACCUCCAACAUGGGCGGCCUGGACGCCAGGUUCCCGGAGCGGGGCGACCACGUGCAGGCCACGAGGCUGGCUAGGGGCUCGUGCAGUUUCUACGACUUCGCCGUGCACUUCUACCACACCUUCCGCGGGAGGUUCACCUACACGUACUGCUUCAGCGCCAGCCUUGUCGCGGAGGACGUGGCCAGGACUUUCACGCAGGCCCUGUUCGCCAAUCUGAGGGCCCUUGUAUGAUCUCUCUCUCUCUCUCUCUCUCUCUCUCUCCCUCUCUCUCUCUCUCUCUCUCUCUCUCUCUCUCUCUCUCUCUCUCUCUCUCUCUCUCUCUCUCUCUCUCUCUCUCUCUCUCUCUCUCUCUCUUCCUCUUACCCCCUCCUCUCUCUAUGUCAACCUUUUGUUGGAAUAUUAGUGGAUAUUUUAAAGUUACCUUAAAGUGUUUUUUAUAGGCUUUACAUUCAUUAUUAGUGUUUCAAAAAACUAGAAAUAUAGAUCUGUAUAUAUGAAUUUUACAUAUCAUUUUGAAAUGUGUAUGUCGAUUGUACCAUUUGAUACUCAAUGGUUAUGCUUAAGAUAUAAAUAAGAGAUUUUCCACCUA